AUGGCAUUAAGUGCAAAAAGGGUUGGAGAUGCAUUUAGAGAAGGAACUUAUGAAGAGAAUGUUAAAUUAAAUGGUUAUCCAUAUUUAAGUAAUAAAGUAUUACGUAACAAACGUCAAGGUCCAAGUAGAAUUCUAAAUCAUCAACCAAUAAAUAUUCUAUUAGCAAAUAAACGUUAUUUAAUUUUAACAUAUAAUGCUGAAUAUGAUAGAAUUUAUUAUUCAUUAUCACUUCCAUAUUAUGAAGAACCGGAUUCUGUUAUUUUAAUUCGACAAUUAACAGCUGAGAAUUAUUUACUAAAAUCUCGAGUUAAAAUUUUUUUAGGAUUUUUUCAAAAUAAAAUUUAA